CUUCCCUGUGCCCGGGCUGAAGCUGGCGGCGCCGGGCAGCACCUCGCCUCCGCCCGCUCGCCGGGUUUCGUUUCCUAGAGGAGGCGCGCUGCCUGGAAGAGGAACUCGCCUGAAGCCGGAGGCGGGAACGCCGCUGCUCGCGGGGCCGCGCUCGCCGUCUCGCGGGUGCGGAGAGAGAGCAGCGGCCAUGGACACCGCGGGCGGCAGAGGGGCGCGGGCCAAGCGGGGGACGCGUCCCGCAGCCCCGCGGAGCCGGGGCGCGGAGAAGGGCGCAGCCCGGAGCCCCGAGCGGGACCGCGCCGCGGGUGAAAGCCCGAGCGGCGCCGCGACCCCGCGGGCGCCGCGGACGGACGCACCCUCCGCCCGGGGCAGCCGCCCGGCUCGGCGAGCGCCCGCUGCCCGAGAGCAGCCGGCGAGCGGCGCAGAGGGGAGCAGCGCAGAGGCGUUCCUCGCCCCGCGGAGCAGGGCGCCGGCCGCCAGAGCCCCCGCUGCCCCGGAGCAGCCGGCGAGCAGCGCAGAGGCGUUCCUCGCCCCGCGGAGCAGGGCGCCGGCCGCCAGAGCCCCCGCGGCCCCGCGGAGCGUCGCGGCGCUGCCCGACGGGCCGGUCGCUGCCCCAGCCCGUCGCCCCCCGCCGGCGGCGGACGCCUUGCGGCUCCGGGAGGUGCUGUCGCGGCUCAGCCUGGCCCGCGAAGACGUGUCCGAGGCGUCGGCGCUGGUGAACCGGGUUGUCUCGCACCUGGUCCAGGCCAUCCGCAUCAAGGACAGCUGCUUCAGCUCCAUCGAGCGGCGGAGCGCCGGCAGCUACUACGAGCGCGUCAAGAUAUCUGAACCAAAUGAGUUCGACAUCAUGCUCGUAAUGCCUGUUACAAGGAUUCAGCUGGAUGAGGCUGAUGAUACUGGGGCCUUUUAUUAUGCAUCAUUCAAAAGAAUUCCAAAAGAAAAGGGUUGGCUGAGGUUUUUAGAAGAAGAUGGAAAAAUAUCAGCCUUUAAAAUGCUUCAAGCACUAAGAGAAAUUAUUAAACAGGAAGUAAAAAACAUUAAAGAUGCGGAAGUCACUCUGACAAGGAAAAAGGCUGGAUGCCCGGCAAUAACUCUUCAGAUCAAAAAUCCUCCAUCAGAAAUAUCAGUGGACAUCAUCUUGACUUUGGAGGAUCAGCAUCAGAGCUGGCCCCUCAGCACACAGGGCGGCCUCAAAAUUGAGCAGUGGCUGGGAACAAAAGUCAGGAGGGAUAUGAGAUUUAGAUCAAUUUAUUUAGUAGCCAAGCAAAACAAAAGUGAAAAAGUUCUAAGAGGGAACACCUGGCGACUCUCCUUCUCACAUAUUGAAAAGGACAUGAUAAAGAACCAUGGCAACUCAAAGACAUGUUGUGAAUCCGAUGGACCAAAGUGCUGUAGGAAAGGUUGUCUUAAGCUGCUGAAGUAUCUUCUAGAGCAACUUAAAAUGAAAUAUCCAAAAGAACUGGAAAAAUUCUGUUCGUAUCAUGUCAAAACUGCUUUUUUCCACUCCUGCAUCAUGUGGCCAAAUGACUCAGACUGGUACUUGGGAGACCUGGAUCAUUGCUUUCAGCAGUGUCUGGGAUUUUUUGUGGAUUGUCUGCAAAAGUCUCAGCUGACUCACUUUUUUAUUCCCCAAUACAACUUGCUCAGCCUAGAAGAUAAGGCAAGACACCAUUUCCUUUCAAGAAAAAUAUGCCAUGAAUUGAACAAUGGAUUCCCACUAUUUCAUGAGAAUUAUUAAGGACAUUGUUCACAACAGAUAUCUAAUCAUGUUGACUUGCAUGUUUAAAACAAAAAAUUCUGCAGCAUAAACUACUCUUCAGUAGGCUGGUACUACAAAACCAAAAAAACCAAAACAAAAUAAAAUCAAGAACACCAAAAGAAAAAUGCAUACUUCAGUCACAUUGCUUAGCCAUAACCCUCAAAAGAAAUGUUUUAAGUAAUAUUUACCUUUAUCUUCAAGUUGUACUAAGAACAUAUAGAAGAAUUUGCAAUAGUUCAUUUCCCACAUGUAAUUUCUAUGUUUCCAAAUACAAAAGCAUUGAUGACUGCAUGAAGGGAAAAAUGACAAUCUUAUUUAAAAUUAAGAUCCACUGCAGAAUAUCCAAAAUACACUCCUGCUUUCAGAAGAAAAAAAAAAAGCCACAUGUCAACAUGAACCAGAACAAAUUCUCCAGAUCACCUGCAUGGAUGUUCUUUUGCAGAGGACAAUCACCAGCAACAGUUAGCAGAGAGAGAAUAUUUGAUCUGAGUAACACAAAGUUUCUGAAGUAAUUUAUCCUGAGUCUUCAGAAUUACUUUAAAAAUCAGUAAUUUUACUAAAAUAUUUUACUGAAUUUCAUUAGUUUUUAUUUAAUCAUAUGACACAAACACAAGUUCAGCAUCAAAUGAAGGAAUAAUUCCUUCCCAUAUAAAUUUCAAAGAGUAGAAAACAUGCCCCAUUAUCACUGGGAGUCUGUGUGACAGAGCCUGACAUCCAAAUGUGAAGCGUGAAUCAACUUUAUCUGGAAGAAAUAAGUUGACCUUCAAAUGUAUUAUUUUCUCCAUGACUUUGUUAACAUUUUUCUAGCAAAUUCUGGCUUUAAGUUCCUUAAACUAGAAUAUUAUAUCCACAAAAACCAGAAAACCAGAAGCUGGUUUUCUUCCCCAGUUAGCCACAAACAAGUACUUCUUGUCAUGCCCUCCUCCAUUACAAGAAAAUGCAGACCACUCUCAAAAAAUUUUGAAACACAAUGUUAAGUUUUAAAAUAAGAAUAAAGAAAAGUUGCUUCAGCAAACAUAAGUAAUGGCAAACAGAGCAGUUUUUGUUAUCCUGAGCAAUAAUUUGAAUGCCAGCAGUAUAUGAAGGCAAAGGUACAGUAUUGUGAAACUAUACUGACAAACAUUGCUUAUAAUGAAUAAUUCAGUUCUCUGAAUAUAAAAGGAAAAAUUCUUUUACAUUCUUAUCUAUUAAUGCUGCAUUUAACAAAAAAACAAAAAACAAACAAAUAAACCCAAACCAACCAACAAAGCCACAAUAUUUGUUUUUAACUCGUAGAUAAUGGCUUUAGAUGUUUCAUACAACAUACAAGAAAAAACCAAUUUUUAUGUGAAAAUAGUGUCCAACUGCAAAACCAGAUUUAUUCCGAUACAAAGUUAAUCCAGUUUUCUUUUCCAAGACGCUUUUGAGAAGUUUAAAUAGGAGAAUUACAGAAAACAAUCAAACACAAAAUGAAACUUAUAAAUUCAUGCCCAUGGAUGCUAACACUACUUAAAAUUGCUUUCUCUGUUUCUGUAGCU